AUGGCUACUGGCUCAACAAACAAUGCUACAUCCCUUUUCAAAAGGAAGGAGAUCAUCGGAAGAGGUAAAUUCGGUGUUGUUUACAAGGCGUAUCAUGUUAAGACGCAACAGGUAUAUGCGAUCAAAGUGUUAAAUUUAGAUAACACUGAAGAUGAGGUGGAAGAUAUUCGUAAGGAAAUCCAAUUUUUAUCUUCGUUGAAGCAGGCACCUAAUAUUACACAUUACUAUGGAUCCUAUUUGAAUGACACGAAGCUAUGGGUGAUCAUGGAGUAUUGUGCAGGAGGUUCGCUUCGGACGUUACUUCGACCAGGUGUGAUCGAGGAGAAGUACAUUGGUGUUAUAAUGCGAGAGAUUUUGGUGGCGCUAGUUUCGAUUCACAGAGAUAAUGUGAUUCACAGAGAUAUCAAGGCGGCUAACAUAUUGAUUUCGAACAACGGUAGUGUAAAGCUAUGUGACUUUGGUGUUGCUGCGCAACUUUCUCAAUCAAUGUUGAAACGACAAACAAUGGCUGGAACUCCGUACUGGAUGGCGCCGGAAGUGAUCAUGGAAGGGGUAUAUUAUGAUACUAAGGUGGAUAUAUGGUCGUUAGGUAUAACUGCGUAUGAGAUUGCCACUGGUAAUCCGCCAUACUGCCACAUGGAGGCUAUCAGAGCGAUGCAGAUGAUUACGAAAUCAAAACCUCCAAGACUUGAAGGGCGAGAAUAUUCACAGCCAUUGAAAGAAUUCAUCGCAUUAUGCCUUGACGAGGAUCCUCGGGAAAGACCAUCUGCGGAAGAUUUAUCGAAGAGUAAGUUAAUCAAGCAAGAGAGAGGAACGAGCACCUCGGUGCUACGAGAACUUAUAACGCGAUAUUUACUGUUCAGAGAAAAGAACGAACAUUAUAAGCAAGAAGAAGAGCAAAACCAGGCAAAGAGGAAAUCCAACUCUUCUUUAGAUGCGAACAUGUGGGGUUCAAGUAACGAAAACUCACAGGAUGAGAUUGAUAUAAAAUGGGAUUUCGACUCGUUAAGCUCGAAGGAAUACAUCUUGGAAAACGAUAUCAAUGUUGAAGCUAUUCCGGAAGAAGCAGAUUGGAUCAAAUAUUCCCCACAAGAGGUUAACUAUGCGUACCCAGAAGAAGACUAUUACAACUCUAACAAGCCGUAUUUCCCAUAUUACCAGGGAUCCACGAUUGGACGCACCUUUAACAACAACAAUAAUACUAAUACUAAUAAUAAUAAUAACACCAAUACUAAUAAUAAUACUAAUACUAAUAAUAACCCCGGAACAGCACAACUUUCGACUAUGCACGCGAUGAAUCCGAACACAGGCAACGGCAACGGCAACAACAACAACAAUAUCUACACAACGAAUGCCAAUAGCAACAUCGCCACAAACCAGCACAACUCCCAUUUCACUAAACAUUACCAGCAAACGGCUACUGGUACUGCGAACCACUAUAGCCGUCACACAGGAACCACGACUCAUGGAACGUCAAAGAGAAGCGAGACAAAAGCGUCCAAGCAAUUACUCCAGCUAUUUGACGACAAACCUGAAGAGGUUUACGAUUUCCCAAAGCUGAGUAAGACAGUCUCAUCGUUCAGCAUCCAGCCCAAUGCUGGUGGAGGCCAUGCGGAACAUGACAACGACGGCAGGCCAGACAUACGGAAUAUACACAGUCAAAGCACACCGGCGUUAUCCAUACUCCAGACAAACUUCAAGACGAACAUGCCAGGUGCGGGCAGCUCAUCGGUGUUACCAACUCCUAUUGAGAUCGAGAUCCCCGAGGAGUUACCCGUGACGAAAGAAUCUUCUAUAACGAUGAACAUGAACAUGAACAUGAACAGUACAAAGCCGCGGUCUGCGACAGUUUCUUCGAUGACGCACAAGACGACACCUGCGUUACAGCGCAGGCCUACAGUUAGCGGACAGCCUUCAGCGCAGCUUGCUGCGUAUCGGUCUGACGUGUCUAGUGGUGCAAGCAGUGUCCCUGCUGGCGCAGCAACAUCUAUGCAGGCAAACUCUGGUCCGUCCCUGCUACCCAUGGGUGCAGGUCCGGGUGCGGGUACAGGUACAGGUACAAAUACGGGUGCGGGUGCGGGCGCGGGUACGGGUGCUUCCGCUUCCGUCCCCGCUCCUGCAGGCAUCAGCACUUCCUCCACGGGGAAUGGUGCCGCCUCCAUGGGGAAUGGCGGCUAUUCCAACAUGAGCGUGAGAUCUCCGUCGCCUACGCGUGGCUCUAACGGGGUAUCUCCGGAAAAGAAAAUACUGGACGCUGUGCAGCACCAAAGCUCGAUAUACAGCAACACACCGCCCGUAAUGAAGCAGUUACAGACAAGCAGCGACAUACUGUUGCAGUCAAUGAACUCGCCAAUGGACAAGAAAGGCAAGGAGGAGGAGCCCAGCAGAAUCAACCGUGAUUUCAAGAAGCAGCACCCAAACCUCAAGUUACAGAUGCCUUCGCCAACGACACUGGUUGGGUCGAACAAGCUAUUGGACGGCACAUCGCACUUGGAAGAGGGCGGCGGCGGCGGCGGCGGCAAUUCGGGAUCUGCCUCUGCACAUCCGCAUUCCAGUACAACCGCGCAGACGGUGAACCAGUUCGGGAUUAACACGAGCAAUGCGCAAAUCUCCGUGGCAAUGACUCCUGUUGCGGAAAAACGGUUCGGAGACUUGAAGCCGCGGAAACGGAGCACGAGUGCCAGCACGUCGAGCCGCAACAACAGCAUUACCAACGAGCACGGCGGUUCGCUGGGAAUGUUGGGAGCGCCUGGUGUACCGACAAUACCGGCGGUACCGGCAGGCGCAGGUGCAGGCGCCUCUGUCCAGGCUCAAGGAGUUCCAAUUUCAGCGUCAGUGCCCGCCCAGAUUAACACUGGUACUGCCAAUACCAGUGCAAACGUUACAGCUACGAACGCUACCGCUACGAAUACCACCGCUAGCACGACCCCAGGAAACGCCUCGGGCACAGCCCCAGCAGUUGCAGUGGUGUCGGCCUCAGUGACGCCUUCUACGGGACUCAUGAUGGACGCGCCCCCAAAGUCUCUUUCGAUGGACAUGUUCAUAGACGUUCCGGAUGACCACCGCGCGGACAGAAAACCUACUGUUCUGUCAGAACUCGACACGCUUCUCAAGCUCUUCGAAGACGGACUCACCGUGAUGGAGCUGACGCUACGCAACUCGCUCCCCCAGGACUCCCCGGAAGAGGAGUAG